UUCAGCAUGUUUUGCACAAGAAAUGUCAGCCAGAAAGGAAUAUCUCCUCUCUUCGCCAAAUUAUUCCACAACAAUGUCAUGCUCAGAGGGUCCGGCUGCAAACUCUUUCCUGGUGGAUUCGUUGAUCAGCGGAGGCAGAGGAGAAGCUGGGGGCUACUACCAGGGAAGUGGAGUCUACUUGCCCCAGGCGUCCGAGAUAUCCUAUGGGCUGCAGAGCUGUGGACUUUUCCCAGUUUUGAGCAAGCGAAAUGAAGGUCUUCCCCCAAAUAACACGGCGGCCCCCACAUCUCAGAAUUAUGCUACAGGGAUGGAGGUCUGGCUAGAUGCCCCAAGGUCCUGCCGUGUGGAGCAGCCUGAAAGCCAAGCAAGCACCUCCUGCUCCUUUACGCAAAAUAUUAAAGAAGAGAAUUCUUAUUGCCUCUAUGACUCUGACAAAUGCCCUAAGACUUCAGCUGCAACUGACCUGUCCACUUUCCCAAGGGUUAAUUCUGAGGCUAGCCCUGGCCACAAUGCCAGCUCUGUUCCAGUGCCAGGCUACUUCCGCCUCUCCCAGGCAUAUGGCUCAUCCAAGGGCUAUGGCGCUCCCGGGCAGAUUGCUGCACCGCCACAUUUUGUACCCCAGCCCCAGGUUCGGUUUGAUCAUCCCCUGCCUUUAUCUUCGAUGCCCGCAGACAACGUACGGAAAGACACCGAGGACUCGCCCCCUAGCAAGCUCCCAGGCGCAGCCCAGCAUCGAGCAGAGGAGGAGGCUCAUCAUCACACGUCUUCAUCCGGCGCUGAGGAUUCCUCUCCGGCUCCAUCUGACAGCAGCAAACAUUCCCCGGAGAAAGACACCGGAGGUAAAUCCAAAAGUGACAAUUCAGCCAACUGGUUAACAGCUAAAAGUGGAAGAAAGAAACGCUGUCCAUACACCAAGCACCAAACCCUGGAACUGGAAAAGGAAUUUCUGUUCAACAUGUACCUGACUCGAGAGCGGCGCCUAGAGAUCAGCCGCAGUGUUCACCUUUCAGACAGACAAGUGAAAAUCUGGUUUCAGAACCGCAGAAUGAAACUCAAGAAGAUGAACCGAGAGAACAGGAUCCGGGAGCUCACAGCCAACUUCAACUUCUCCUGAUG